UUGUAAAAAGCGCUAUAUAAAUAAACUUUGCUUGCUUGCUUGUUUAAAGAAAAUGGCGAGACAGAUGUAGUUACUCUUAUGCAUCUUCGAGGCUGACAAUACUAUCAUAAAACAGCUCAAGUCUACCGCUUGACCGCUCGGUGGCAGUAAUCUGUGUGACGAAUGGUGAAACACAAGAGAACACUAAAAUAUGGUAUAUGGUGUAUAAUAUUAAAAUGUCUUGGCAUGUCUUAUUAGUACAUGUUAACCAAUACGUAGCCCUUAACAUUAAAUAUAACAUUAAAUGUUAUGUAUUUGUUAAUGCAUCGCUCAGGUAAUGUGAGAAAUUUGGACUGAAUGGAAAUUCAAGCUAUAUUUAAACUAUAGGCGCAUUCAUAUGCUUUUAUUUUGGUUGGUAACCAUCAGGGUUCUUAACAAGUGACUGAACGGUGGUGAGAUUGAUGAUGUAAGCUUUCAUGGGUUAAGCCUCAAGGUAGAGACUAUAUGUGAUGUGACAUCCUGUAGGCCUAUACAUUGCGUGGCAUGCUGUACGUUGCUGAUGCCCACAGGGGAAGUGUGUGGUCUGAACAGCUAUAGUUUCGGCUGUUCAUUCUACGCAAGCGCAGGUUGUUUGGUGCCGUGUUCUGGCAUUGAUCUAGGCUUUGUGUCAUGUCGCAUGUGUUCCUCGUGUUUCCUGUUUACAGCCUGGCCUGCGUUUAUGCAGAGGAGUGUGGGGUUAUUGACUCCAGAUGGGAAAUGUAGCAUGAAGUACGGACCAACAGAGAGAGAGUGAGAGGAGAGAGAGAACAUCACACCACAGCACUGCAAUCCAUCAGCUCAUUUUGUGCCAGAGGACCAUAAUAAGUCCUUUGACUUUCCCAGAAGACAGACUGGGACUGUGUUGAGGUGUUGCUGUCAAUGAAAGCUCUCUUCAACUAUGAUGACCGAUCAGCACCUCCCACUUCUGGAGGCCACGCCCAUGCUGGCUGAGGUGCCCCUCCUCCCUCACGUGAUCAAUGGAGACGGCAUGCAGCAGAUGAUCUUGGUGCAGGUGAACCCAGGAGAAACGUUCACUAUCCGCACAGAAGACGGACACUUUCAGUGCAUUACAGGUCCAGCGCAAGUGCCCAUGGUCUCCCCCAAUGGCACCAUGCCUCCCAUUUUUGUUCCUCCAGGUUACAUUUCUCAGGUGGUGGAGGAAAAUGGCAUGCGGAAAGUGCUGGUUUUGCCCCAUGCUGUGGAGUUCCACCCAUCUCUACCGCCUGUCCCACCACACCUCCCCCUCUACGCUUCCCCGCACCCAGCCAUGCUACACCACCCGCACGUCUUUCCCCCUGAGCUCCCUCACUACGUCCACCAGCUGCCUGCCUUGCCAGUCUAUUCCGAGCAGGACAUGAUGUGUCACAGCAUGUCGGUGCCAAUCCACGAAGAACGCUCAGUGAAAAUGCAGGAGCAGCUGCAGCGAAGACUGAAGAGCGGGCAUCUGGGCACUGCUAAUGGUGUGCCGUUCUCUCACAGCUCCCCUGGACCUUUUAUUAAAGGGGGCCAGGCUGCCAUGCACAACGGUAACAGCAAGGGCCGGACAGGCUUAGCUGCCUCUCCCACCCCCCCUCGACUUAAACACUCUGGCCGGACCAGAGCCUCUCCUACAUCCAGCUGUGACGUUAAAGACCCGGAGGAAGAAGUGAGACGGGUGCAGGAGCUGCUGUCUGCCGUAUGCAAACCAGCUGUGGGCAGUCUCACGUCCCACUCGGCUGUUCUCUCCUGGCGUCCCCCACUCCCUUUACCAUCAGAGGUGGACACACACUCAAACACACGCGCACACACUGCCCUGCUGCUCAGCUACGAGCUGGCCUUGUCCCAGAGUGGCACCGAGGGAGAUUUCAAUCUUGUGUACCAAGGGAAAGACACUACAUGUACGGUGGGAGAUCUCAGGCCCGCUACGCACUAUUACGCCAGGGUUUGUGUGGCGUGUAGCUCGGUGAAGGGAGCCCCCUCUGAGACCGUAGCCUUCACUACUCUGUGCAGUGCCCCAGAUGCUCCUGCAGCCCCCCGACUCAUCCAGCGCACGAAGAGCUCCAUCAGCCUUCAGUGGAGGUCACCCAAUGACAACGGCUCCAAAAUCACUGGCUUUUGCUUGGAAUACCAUGAGCAGGGAAAACAAAGUGCAUUUAAAGAGGUUUACAGUGGCCUUGCCAAGCAGUACAAAGUCAUGCGACUCAUGCCUUCAACAAAAUAUGCCUUCAGACUUGCUGCUAAAAACGAUGUGGGAAUGAGUGCCUUCAGUGCGGUUCUGAGCUGCUGCACAGCCAGCUGUUCUGCCUCUCCUCCUGCACCACCAUCUCCCCCUCGGCUGACAGAGGCUGGAGUCACAUGGCUGAGUCUGGAGUGGGGCGCCCCCUGUGGGUCAGCCAGCCGAGAUACACUCACAUAUAUUCUGGAGAUGGAGGACAAAGAAUCGGACUGUGGCUUUCAGCUGAAGCAUAGAGGAGAGGAGCAGUCGUGUACAGUGAAGGAGCUCAGAAGAUUCACGUCCUACCAAUUCAGGGUGUUGGUGGCCAGCUCAGAGGGCACCAGCCAGCCCAGUUCAGUAGUGGAGUACAGGACCCAGCCAGACCAACCUGGUAGUCCAGGCAAACCGUCACUGCGCUCUCCUGCGGAGCCACACAGCCUGCAUGUUAUCUGGGAGGCACCAGAGGAUGAUGGGGGCUCACCAGUCACUCAAUAUGUACUGGAACUCAGUCACAGUGGAGCAGAGUGGGAAGCUGUAUACAGCGGGUCUCUCAGGCAGCAUGUGUGUGAGGGCUUGCGGGAAGGGACAUGGUACAAGCUCCGAGUGUACUGCCAGAGUUUGGGAGGGCGGAGUCAGGUGUCAGAGAUCCUCUCUGUUGAGACGCCACCUCUGCCUCCUGGACCGUGCCAAGCAUUGCGUACUGCAGGUGCAGCCACAACCUCAGAGAUUCCACUCUGUUGGGACCCUCCAGUGUGUGAUGGUGGGGCACCAGUGUCCCAGUACUGCGUGGAAAUGGCCCAGGCAGCAGAGGAGUAUCAACAGCAAGUGUUCUGUGGCUCUGAUGUCAGCUGUACUAUCAGCCAGCUGCUACCUGGAAGAACCUACCUCUUCUGGGUGAAGUCCCGCAAUCCAGCAGGGUGGGGUCCUUUGUCGGAGAUGUGCCAGGCCUCCACAGCCCCAGGACCUCCAGAGCAGUGCAGCGCGCCACAGCUGAUACUGAACACGUCUACUGGCGUACUGGCUACUUGGCAGACCCCAGUGUGCAAUGGGGCGGAGGUGUGUGAGUUCAGGAUGGAGUGGGGGUUAGAGGAAGGCACUCUGGAGUUGCUGUAUUCUGGCCCCUUAACUCAGUAUGAAGUGAGUGACUUGCAACCAGCCACAGAAUAUCGCUGCAGGGUGCAGGCAGUCAAUGCUGUUGGGGCGGGCCUCUUCAGCGAUGUUGCCACAGUAACCACACCAGCCUCAGUCCCAGCAGCUGUGGAGCAUGUUGAGGAGAUGAGGGAGGGGGCUUUGGGUGUUGUCAUGGCUCACAGCCCCGCUACCACUCUGGCCCUGCGGUGGAAGGAGCCUCAUUGCCACGGAGCAGAAAUUUCCAGCUAUAAUAUAGUCAUUGGAGAGGAGCUCCCUCUAUCUAUAGGGAGGACCAGCUACCACAUACUGGAAAAUCUGCAGCCAAACACUACAUACAGGAUACGGGUGCAGGCUGUGAACAGCAUGGGUGCUGGUCCUUUUAGUUCAGCGCUGAAGCUCAGGACACGAGCGUUGCCUCCAGAGCCCCCAGUGCUAGAAUGUGUGGUGGCGGGCCCUCAGAGCUUGAAGCUGAAAUGGGGAGAGGGUCUCAUCAGGCCACAGACCAGCCGAGGCACACACUACUGUUUGCACAUGCAGGUUGGCGCUGACAGGUCGAUUUGUAUCUACAGUGGUCCAUGCCAUACGUUCAAAGUACAGCGAUUGUGUGAGGACACAGAGUACCAGUUCAGCAUUCAAGCUCACAGUGAGGCGGGCAUGGGCCCCCUCUCCCCUUCCUAUACCUUCAGCACCACCCGCUCCCCCCCACCACAGCUCAAAGCCCCACAAGUUGAACUCAUUGAGCGGAGUAAGUAUGCAGUCACAUGGGAGGCCCUUCAGCCAAUGAAAGGAGACCUGAUUGUGUACAAACUGCAGAUGCUGAGGGGGCGUGAAGUGGAGCAGCUAUACAGGGGCCCAGCGACCUCCUACACAUGGCAGAACCCAACAGCCAGUGUCGCGUGUCGGCUACGAGUCUAUGCUGGGCGCCGGAGCCAGGAUGGCAGCGAGCUGUGGGGUCAGUGCAGCCUCAGCACUGGCCUGCCCACGACUGAGCUGCCGAGGGAACACAGGAUCUCCAGCUGUCAUGAGCCUCAGCCCAGGAGAAGCUGGCCUCUAACCGACGAGCCCUUUGCCACCGUCUUGCUCCUCGGCUUCGUCAUACUGGCCGUCCUCUUUGCGGUGCUCAUCCAGUACUUCGUCAUUGAGAGGGAGUGAGGGAAGGGAAAGGAGGGAGCGGUGUUAGAGCAGAGCAGGCCUCGUAGCACAUUAGCCUCUUUUUCACUGUGGUUCUGAGCACAGAGAGUGACCCUUCCAAUGGCAUUUCCACAUGGACACGGUUUGGCACAGAAUGCUUACAAACUGUGCCUGUUCUGGUUUGCUAUCCAUGCUCGUUGCAGCAGAACUGUAAGCGUAAUGACAUAUUUAUUCAUUGAUUGGCUUUUCUUUUAAGUCACCUGUGUGGCGGCUCAUCAAAACCAAAAAUGGUCAGUAAAAGCUCAGUACAAUUCCACAUUCUCCAAAUUGAAUGAGGAGCCACGGCAACAACUUUAUUAUAUACUUUGCACGGCAAUACUGGCUCACUGUCUUCACCGUCGUUUUUCUUCCUAGUCUUGAUUUAGCAGCGCAACAGACGAAACUGUAUGGCAUGGAAGAAAGAGAUGAUUUAUAUUUGAAGCCAGUAGGUACUUUUCCCAAUACAUUUUCUGUCAUGACCAACAUAAACUGUGACAAAUGGGACAAAAAGAUUGCUGCCUUAUGUUCUUGUAGAGGGUUACUAUAUAUGGUGGUGGCCAGAUUAUAUAUUCCUAUGAAUUUAGAUCAUUUAUAAUGAAAUGCGUCUAGACAAGGCCAAGCUCUCAGUACUUUGAUGACCUUGGCUGGUAUUUGGUACACAGUAGUUUUUUUUUGUUUUUUUUUUUUUGAAUGUUUAAGGGCCUCCUUCCUCAUUUGGCCAUCAUGGGAUACACCCAGGACAUUCUUAAGGAUGUUAUAUUGGGUUUUUGUUCCUUGAUAGAAAGUAAGUCUUGGGGACUGAGUACUCACUGCCUCACAAAGAGAUGAGUUUGUUGCUUAUCUCUCAGGCAGUUUUCCUAUUUUUAUCACAAUUCAAAAGGGAGACAGUGCCAAAGUUUUAAUAGAUAUAGUAAAAAGCGCCCUCAUAAAUGACUGAAGCUCAGCGUUCUCUCAUCGGCAGAAAUAUUUUCACAUUUUUAUGACCGCUCUGUAACAUCAUAACCACAACGUGAGUAAUAUUCCAUUUAUCUCAGACAUUGGGAGAGCUAGAUUUUUAUGUUCUGCUAUCACCAGUGUGUGCUUAUACAAUAGAGUAUACAUACAUUCUAGCUAUGUUCAUGUACAUACAGAUAUGGCAGUAUUGGGUAGAUAGCCUGUAUGGAUAUGCAUUUGUUAUAAAUGUCUCUCUAUUUAGCUCAAACUGAGCAUAGUAGUCCCUUUGCAGUCUUAGAGAAGCUUUUGAUUAAGAGUUUUAUUUUACUAUGUGCUUUAACACUUUAUAUUCGUAGUGAAUUCUCUUUGUUGUCUCACUCUUCAUCCAACACUACUGAUUUGGUAGCACACGCCUCCUCCAUUACCAGCGAAACCUACCGCUCUUUAUAACUACUCACAGCACGGAACUGUCGAGAAUCUCCUUGUGCUCAGAUAAAAGCUCGGCCAUGCCGCCAUGUAGAUCGGGGUGGGGAAGUCCGUUCCUGGAUUCCACCUCGGUUUGGUGAUUUUCCUGUUCAAACACACCUCAUUCAGCUUAUCAGUUAAUUAUCAGGUUUAGUCGAAGAGCAACACUGAACUAUACUGGACUCUACCCCUCAGUUACCCACCCCAGAUGUAGACACUUAGCAAUGCAGUGGUGGAAGACCUUGCCUUCCUUGCUGGCUCCUGAGAACGCAGCCAUUUGUGUUCUCAUGGACCCCUGGCCACGGACUGAGGUUGGCACAAUAGGGAUUUAAGUCUUUGGUCGGCUUAAGUAAUUUGGUGAAAAUGUAUCCAACUUUCUUCUUACCCAAAAUGCAGGGUUGCCAAAUCUCACAGUUUUGGCGUGAGACUCAUCAUUUCGGGUUUUUUCUCAAGCUCCACAAAAUCUAAAGCCAACCAGCCUACAUGCUCAUACCAACUGUUUUGUGUUCUUGAUAACAUUGAUUGGCUCAUAUUGUAGCCCAUUAAGAAAAGAUAGGCUGAAUCGCUCACAGCCCCACCUUUUUACGUCAUCAGUGUAGGCAAAGUAGGUGUUCCUCAGAUCAGCUACCGACACGCACAGAUUCAAGUUCCUUCAGCAGGAUUUUAAAAUUUCUCACUCCAGUCAUUUCACCAAAGUUGGCAACUCAGCCUAUAUGUACUAAUUUAGCCUGGAUGUGUUCGGUGUCUGAAGUUUGCUUCUGUAGUUUUGCUCUGGAGCUAAAAUGCUUGCAGUAACUGUAACUGUAUGUCAGAGUGUCAGUAACCACAUCAGCGAGUCUAUUUGAGAUUACUUAAGAGCUCAGUGUGGUUUGAAGCAGGUGUGUCUGCUGAUUUAGGCUUACAGUUUUAGUGAUGAAGUAUAAGCCUCCAUUGCUUGUCACCUACAUUAGCAUCGUAGCUCCAGGACAAAACUAAAGAAGCAAACUUUGAACAUGUCUUUGCUGAUCGACUACAAUCAGGGUAAAGGAAAAGCUGUAAUUUCUGCUGAACUAUUGCUUUAAACAUUUUUAACAUUAAACUAAAAGAGUCAGUUUUAUCUAAGCAUCAUGUGGUUUACAUUACCAUCACUUCCAGUCUGAUUUAAAACACUGCAAAUGUGCCAUAGAUUGUGACCAUAUUAAGUAGUUUAGCUGUAAUUGGUAAUGCUGAUCUGAGCUUUUGGGCCCUGUUUGUGUAGCUGAGGAAGCAACGUUGACCUGAAAUGCCAAAUACAAGGAAAUAGUUUAGUGAUUUCACAUCCUCCCCUUUAAAGAGUAACUAUCCUUUGUACUCAAACAUUGUUAAUAGUGCUUUUGUAAACGCCCAUAUAGAACCAGAGUGAAGUGCCUCUAUCUGACCGGGGUCGUGUGUAUCAAAUACGUCACAGUGCUGAGUUAGAAUCAUUGCCUUUUAAAUCUUAAUGACUGUAAUUAAAUAUACGAUGUAGAGUUGAUCCUAGAUCUGCGGGGAUUGAUGCGUAUGUGCUCAGGCCUUUAAAGCUUGUUUCUAACCGGUUAUAGUUGUUGACGUCCUUAUAGAGCUGCUUGUGUCUGUUCUAGGUGACGGAGAAAAGCUGCUGUCUUUUUCUACUUUAUAGUGUAAACUGUUUGCUCUUCAUACCUCUUUCAUGGUGCAAAAGCCAUUCUAGACUGGCUCAUCUUCAUAAUUAGGCUGAAUGCUGCAAAUCCAAGCCUGGCCAAUGUGUUUGUUUUUUUUUUGGUCAUUGCUUUUUCUUCAGCUUGUCACUGACCUUCAGGACUACAGAGUGUUUCUAAAUUAUGUCAUCAGCCUCUGCUUUGGGGACUUUCAUAUUUACAUGUAAGCUUUGUAUUGGAUCAAAUAACUGCAGAUCUAUCUCAUUCAGUGUAUCUGACAUAUUGAAUGUCUUAUAUUUUGUACCUAAUAGACGUCUAGUUCACUCAGAAUGCUUUCUAGAAGUGCUGGUCUAGAACACCUUUAUUAUUAUGCCAAGAAAAAUAUUAAAACUAGCAAAGAAGAGGCAGCAUAAUAUCACACCCAAUGAGAGUUUGUCCAUGGUGAGCUUACAGUACAGUAUGUGUUUGUGUUGAAGGAGCAUAUCAUGCAAAAUUCAUAUUUUCAUGUGUGAUUCCUGACCAUGAAGGUACAGUGCAAAAGUCAGAGAGCGCCCUUCGUUUAGUUUUAUUUGCAGUCAGUGCGCCCAUUGAGUACAAGUUAUACAUUUUUUUCAGGAGGCUUUUCUGAGGAGGUUAGAUAUAAAAUAAUUGCGUUGUAUAAAUUUGGGGAAAGUCAAAGAAAAAGGAGAAAAAAAACUGGAGUUUCCUAAACUGGAAUUUAAAAGCUGAUUAAAAGAAAACAGAACACCUAACAAGCACAGACACCAAAACUGCCCCAUCAGAUAAACAGCACUAAAAGCUUUCAGAGGAGAAAAUCAGGCUCCACUCUUACUUCAGAUCUGAAAACAUCCACAGGUGUUUCUGUCCAUCCUUCCACUGUGAGAAGACGAGUCAGCGCUAUGGGUCUUAAAACAGUGGUAGCUGUCAUGCUGGUACUGAGAAAAGGAAAUAGACAAAAACUAAGAAAAUUUGCGCAUUAAACAAAGAAUCUGCUGGUGUUCUUAAAACAAUGGACCGUCCACCCCAGAGUCCAGACCUUAACAUCACUCGAAGUGUUUGGAAUUACCUGUGAAAAGCAGAAAAUGAAAUAAACUUCUAUUAACUUUGAAAAUGUGAAAAAUAUCCCAGCAGAUUUUUUUGAAAAACUGAAAGCAAGUCUCCAAAAAAGAACUGAAGCUGUAAUAAAGCCAAAGAGAGGACAUGCAAAAUACAGAAAAAUCUGAUAUUAUAUGUAGCUGUUGAGGCUUCUGUGUAAUUUUCUGUUGAAUAUGUUUCCUUUUUUCCUGACACUAAAAAAUGAAUAACUUAAAGGUAUGAUUGGAAAUUAAAAAGAAAUGAGGUGUGUUCUUUGGCACAGCACUGUAGUUCCAAUAAACGUAACUGCCCCCUAACCAUUAUCGAAUGUAGCCACGCACCUUUUGAGGUCUAGUUGAUGGUAGAGAUCAAUGAAAAUGAAACAAUAAAACACAUUUAGGAUCUACAGCAUUGCUGUUUUGCUGGUAACAGGAAACAGCCCAGAUUUUUAAUUUAAACAGGCCAGAUUUGUCAGACUUGUAUGCUUUACAGAAUCUUUGCAAAUGAACAGCGUUCAGCAGUGAAACCAGGAAACAUACAUGGGUUUCAGAACCAAAGACAUCACUACUUCAAGAUAUGUAGAUCACUAAUUAUAAAGCCGUUCUCCAGGCAGACUAUAUGAUUGAUGCAUAACUGACCUAACAGUCAUUUUGAAUUGGUGUCUGUCCAGGAACAUCCCAGACUGUCAGUAGGACACAAGCAGAAGAGCUGAUUCUUUGAGGCUGUUAAGACACCACAAGCUCAUUUUGACAUUUCCUCCUGACUGAACCUUCCCAACUGUCUUCAAGGUCAGAGGACAUACUAAACUCUGAAUUUCACAGAAAAUGUGUCCCAGCUCUGGUCCUGUAUGGCACCUGUUCCACAGUUCUGUACAAAACACAAAACUGCGUAUAAGGCUCAGGACUGGAGUUGGUGAACCACCAGCAUGGAAUGCUCCUUUAAAAGAACUCAAUACUGCAGCGUUUUUCAGCCGAAUUCUGUUUGGUGAAUCUGUAAUAUACAGUCAAUUACCAUGGACGGUAAUUUCAACGUGUUUCUUUGUAAUUAGUAAAAGGAGAGAAAACACAUUAUAGUAGCCAGUGGAUGGCGCUAAAGCUGCUUUCAGUGUCAGUGAAUUUUCUGUUUGUUUACUAAUUGCAUGGAAAUGCUUCAAAAGUAUUGUCCAUGUUAAGCAACCAUUCGCUGUAGACGCAGGAGAGAGAGAGAUUAGGCUGAAAAAUGCUGAAAUGUCUCUUUAAAGCAGCCCAGUUAGUUUUUUUCCCCAGUAGAUGGUGCUGUAGUUCUAAGCCAGUGAGCGUCCUGUGUUUUCCAAAAGUUCUGCUGAGACUAAGAUAUUUUUUUUGUUGGUAGCCAAAAUAAAAUUAACGGAGUGCUUUAAAUUUGAGUGUAAGCUACUGUGGUUCUACUCUCAUGUAUUUCUGUUUCCUGGAAAUGUAACCAAAGCCAGUAGAAAGACUGUUACCAGGCACCGAGUUUACUGUGCUCACACUGAUUUCCUUUCAUUUUGGUCAGUUUAAACUUGCUGUCAGUUCAGAUCGACGACUGUCACAAAGCAUUAAAAAGCCAUAAAGAGGAGACUCAGAUCGUCGCAGUCUCUCUGUGGCUCGCUGCUAAAAAUAAGUCACACUAAAAUGAAUUGUAACAAACACAUUAUGAUGAUUUUUUAUUUAGAUCCCUAAACUAACUGCCUAGCUAGCGUCGCAUUGUGUUACUGUCUUAUAGAAACUAGAGGAAUAGAUUGGCAACACGGACAAAAGCAUUCAAUAGCCUUUACUGUAUGCCUGCCUGUACAUGUAAUCAUCUUAUGUCAAUCUAUUUUAGAGGCUCUAGGUUACCUUUUGUCAUGCCAGUAUUUUUAGACCACACUUUUUGAUACUGAACAUUUUAUUUUGAAAUACAAAAAAUAUUAUACAUUCCAAAAAAGAUUAUUUAUCUGCAUCAACGUUUUUCUUAUUUUUAAAACUCACAUUAAAAGACUGCCAUGUACUGUAUGUCAUAACUGACUUGUAACAAUCAUAGAUAAUAUAUUUAAUAUGGCAAAUAAAUUAUAGUCAUUAUAUGUA